AUGUCAGCCAAUGCGAAUCAAACAUCGGGGUUUGACCUCUACGCACCAUCCAACAUCACCUGGUACCAAGUUCAAAAUAACAAUGUUUCCAGUGCAGCAUUUGCAGCAAUUCUAUUAUGGGGUGCCUCCACUUUGUACAAAUCAAUCCAAUACUUUUUUAUGAAGAAAAAGCUCAUCUACGGCCUGAACGUUGCGCAAGCUGCUUUCAUGCUGAUCAAAACCACAGCAGCAACGGUCUAUGUUAUAUUUUUGGGUGAUGCAUGCGAGCCUAGAGCCUUUUUUCUUUCAGUGCCAUUAGUUUUGUCUAUCGAUUGCAUGUAUUAUAUUAUGCUGGUCAAGCUAUUGUUGUUUACACCGUUUAAAAUGUUGACGCGAUUGGUAUUCUUUUUGGCGCUGUUGGCUCAUGCAAUAAUCAACUUUAUUGGUGUGGCUCAAAGAACCACCAGACUGAGCUCCAGUGGAAUGUGUAAAGAUGUAUAUCCUUUAAUUUACAAGCAGCAGUAUAUUAUUGAAGUUUUCCUUGAAGCGUUUACUGCCAUUGUUUUGAUUCAUGGCCUGGCAAUCAAGUCUCAAGUCAAUGGCCAAAUUGUAUCGUCAACCUAUUCCUUGCUUAACCAGCUUCGCAAAAACGAGCAUUUGCGUGUGUUUUCAGUGCUGGCUAUUAUUGGACUCAAGCUUUUCCUGACUUACUACACCAACUUUUUGCCCAACUUUGAUCAUCUUUACCUUACGCAUGGUGUUGACCAAGCUCGAUCGGCUAUUAUUUGCUGGGCAUUGAUGCGCGACUAUCGUAAACUCACACGGUCAUCAGGCAAUGCAUCAAGUACAGGCAGUAACCCCAACAUGCUCCAGAAAUCAGCGGCCAAACAUUCAUCAGUAUUUAAAUCUCAAAAGUCUGGAUUGUCGGGACAAACCAAGAGCCAGGCGGGCGGAAUCACUUCGCAACACAGUAUGCCGCGUAUUCUUCUAUCGGCUCCAAUGACAGACCGUGUGUCCGUAAUUGAUGAAGCAGAUGAGAAUAUUGAUUCUGAAAAGGCCGGUCAUGGAAAGGGUGAAUUGGCUGUUGACAUUGAACAUUGUGACGUCAAGAGUACAGAGACGAUUGCUGGCGAACUUGUCGGAGCCAGUCAGGAAAUGUAA